AUGAAGAACGGGAUGAUAGAAUGCAGUGUUUGCCAUUCCAAAUUGGUCUCCCCCUCCGCCAAAACUAUAUCAAGGGCUUAUGAUCGCCACAAAAGUAGGAUAACAUCCAAGCAACGUGCACUCAAUGUGUUUUUGGUUGUUGGUGACUGUGUUUUAGUUGGCUUCCAGCCUAUCCUUGUCUAUAUGUCCAAGGUGGAUGGGAAAUUCAAUUUUAGCCCAAUCAGUGUUAAUUUUUUGACUGAGAUUACAAAGGUUUUCUUUGCUAUUGUUAUGCUUAUUCUCCAGGCUAGGCAUCAAAAAGUUGGGGAGAAGCCUCUUCUCUCAAUUUCUACAUUUGUGCAGGCAGCUCGUAGCAAUGCCCUUCUGGCAGUUCCUGCACUUCUGUAUGCUAUAAACAACUAUCUGAAGUUUAUCAUGCAGCUUUAUUUUAACCCUGCUACUGUGAAGAUGUUAAGUAAUUUGAAGGUUUUAGUAAUAGCACUUUUACUAAAGGUGAUUAUGAAGCGCCAGUUUUCCAUCAUUCAGUGGGAAGCUCUUGCUUUAUUGUUAAUUGGUAUAAGCGUUAAUCAGCUUAGAUCUUUACCUGAAGGAACUACAGCUCUGGGUCUUCCUGUCACAAUGGGUGCAUAUCUCUAUACAUUGAUCUUUGUCACUGUUCCAUCAUUGGCUUCUGUUUAUAAUGAAUACGCUUUGAAGAGCCAAUACGAUACAAGCAUUUAUCUGCAGAACUUAUUCUUAUAUGGAUAUGGAGCUAUAUUCAAUUUUCUUGGGAUACUUGGGACUGCUAUUUUUAAAGGGCCUAGCAGCUUUGAUAUCCUACAAGGUCAUUCAAAAGCCACAAUGCUAUUGAUAGCAAACAAUGCGGCUCAAGGGAUUUUAUCCUCUUUCUUCUUCAAAUAUGCUGAUACAAUUUUGAAGAAGUACUCAUCAACAGUAGCAACAAUCUUUACUGGUAUAGCGUCGGCUGUACUAUUUGGACAUACUUUAACAAUGAACUUCGUUAUCGGCAUUUCUAUUGUAUUCAUCUCAAUGCACCAGUUCUUUUCACCACUUUCAAAAGUCAAAGAUGAACAGAAUGGUAUGCUGGAACUGCAUGAUGUUGAUGUUCAUGACAGACAAAGGUCAAAGGAAUCCUUUAUAAAUAUGGCAGCUGGGGCAAAUGAGGAGGCCACUCAUCGUGUGGGACAUGAUGAGAGACAACCACUUCUUCCCUCCUAG